UCAACAUCUUCUUUCUUCUCUUCCAUCAAAAUGAGGUGUUUCACUAUUCUCUUCUUGUUUUCAGCUAUAGUAGCUGUGGCAUUGGCCUCUAAUGUGGAAGAGGUCAUUAGCCAAGUAGUAGAAAUUCACCGUCUAAGGCCACAAACUGGUUCCGCUGGUUAUACCGUCCCACAAUUGGACUGUCUUAGCUGGCGCCUCGCCGUGGAGACGAACAACCUCCAAAACUGGAAAUUGGUGCCUAAAGAAUGUACAAACUAUGUAGGUCACUACAUGUUAGGCAAACAAUAUCGACGUGACUGUGAGUAUGUUGCCAAACAGGCUAUUGAAUAUGCCAAAGCCCUCAAACUUGGCGGAGAUGGAAAGGACGUUUGGGUAUUUGAUAUUGAUGAGACCACUCUCUCAAAUCUUCCUUACUACGCACGAUCCGACGUUGCUUUUGGGGCUAUAGCGUACAACAACACAAAGUUUAGUGCAUGGCUAGCGGAGGGAAAAGCACCAGCCAUUCCUUCGAUACUGGGUGUAUACAAGACUGUGUUGUCUUUGGGGAUCAAGCCCGUUUUCAUUACAGGGACGAGAGAAAAUUUCAAACAAGUGAGGAUUGUCAAUCUCAAGAAAGUUGGUUAUACCAACUGGGCAGCGCUUAUACUAAAGGGAGAAAAUGAUUCGGGAUCAGCAGUGCAAUUUAAAUCAAGCAAGAGAACAGAAUUGGUUAAAGCUGGAUAUAGAAUUGUUGGUAAUAUUGGAGAUCAAUGGACUGAUUUAAUCGGAGAAAACGUUGGAGCUCGUACUUUCAAAGUCCCUGAUCCUAUGUAUUACAUUAGUUGAUUCUAAGCAAAUUUUAAUCAUCAAGCAUGCUAAUUAAUUAACAAAGGGGGGUAGUUUUUUUUAUUUCAUGUUUUAUGUCUUUCGACUUUUCCUAUUCACCCUCACUUUGCUAUAAUAACGACUUGCUUCAACAUUUUAA